AUGUCGGAGACAACGCCAUUGAUGCCUCGCCCUGUGACUUCCCAAAUCGACAGUCAUAACAUCUAUUUGCGAGCUUGCCAUUCGUCAUGGCGUAUGGUCAACCCCAAGAUCCUUACGAUUGUCCGUCUAGCCAUCACUGCAUAUCUCAAUGCAGUGGCCGGUGUCUCCAUCAAGUACAAGCUGGAAAUGAAGGACACCCAUACGAACUGGCGCAUUCCCUUCCAGUUCUCCACCGUCACAUUUGCCAUGCUUCUCGCAUACAAUGUUCAAGUCACCAUAUGGACGAUUAUGCACCUUCUCGUCCCCGAGCCGGCCCACGAUGAGACACCCGAGGGUCGUUGGCCACGACUCCGCAACAAGAUCAUCACGUCGAUCUCCCCUCCUAGCCGUGUCGAAAGUUCCCGAAGACGGUUCUUCUUCAGCUUGUUCUAUACAGUUACUCAUGUCUUUACUUUUACCAACACCAUCAUGUACUGGGCUGUGCUUGUACCGACUGGAAAUGGUGGCUUCGCGGCACCGGCCUUUUCACGACCUCAGGAACCCCCACAGAAUCAGACAACACUGGCUUUCGACCCGGACAAGGGGCUUUUCGAAGAAGGCGCAAUCAAGGCUUUCAGCAUCAUCAAUGUCUGGUCGGUCACCUCCAUCAUUGCACUUGCGGAGGUUUUGUUCUUCAAUAGCAUCAGGCGCCAGACUCCUGUUGCUGGACACGUCGCAGGUGUUGUACUCGCCAGUGGUGCGUAUCUUGCUUGGGCUGGGUUCGGUAGGCUCCUCACUGGCCACUCGGGUCUCUUCUUCUUGGAUCCCGCCAAGAUGGGCAACGCGCCGGAGGCUACUGUUGCUGCGUGCCUGGCAUUUGUCACUUCAACGCCCGGAAUCUUCUCGUACAUGUACGGCUUGAUUGCCAUGCGGGAAAGCAUGACCGCACACAACUGA